GUAAAUGCAUUAGGGUUUCACAAAAAGGCCUUCAUAUAAAAAAUACCCCCAUUUCUUUUUUUCAUUCAUACAAAACCCUAAUCACUCCAAAGAGUAGCUGCCGCGUAACAGUAAAGAGGAGGAAAUGGCAAAAUCAAAGAAUCAUACGGCGCAUAACCAGUCUCACAAGGCACACAGGAAUGGAAUCAAGAAACCCAGGAAACACAGACACACUUCCACCAAAGGGAUGGAUCCCAAGUUCUUGAGGAACCAGAGGUAUGCAAGGAAGCACAACAAGCAGGGUGGAGAAUCUGCUGUUGAAGAAUAGAUGUUUUAUCAUUUGCUGUUGUCUAUGCUAUGUCUUCCCUUUUAUGUUAUUUUGCACUGUUGAGAAAUAUGCUAUAACCAUUUUAUUUUCUAGUCUUGAUUCUAUAUCAUGGUAUUGUGACUUAAAUGGCAAUGAUUAUGGUCAUUGAUAGUUUUACUAUUCAGGUUUUGAUUAUA